CCGAGGUACAAAAUCUCUCUUGUUCAUUCCUUCUCUCUUUUGCUCAACUCUCACUCCACUCUUCAAUUUCCCCAGAAUUCAAAGCUUUAGACUUUUUGAGCGAUAUUUCCCGUUGAUCGUACUUGUCAAAAGGCAGUCCAUUGAGAAUCUGAAUUAUGGCUGAAUUUUCAAGUGUUUGAGAUCUGGAUAGUGUUGGAAACUCGAAGGGAGGAGGAUGUACGCGGUGGGGCGGCUAGGUAGCUAUAUUUCUCGUGGUGUUUAUACGGUGUCUGGCCCCUUUCAUCCUUUUGGCGGCGCAGUAGAUAUAAUUGUAGUGGAACAACCAGAUGGGAGCUUCAAAUCGUCACCUUGGUAUGUUCGAUUUGGUAAAUUUCAAGGGGUUUUAAAGACAAGGGAAAAGGUGGUUAGCAUCUCUGUUAAUGGCGUCAAAGCGAAUUUCCACAUGUUUCUUGAUCAUAAAGGGGAAGCUUACUUUCUGAGGGAGGUAGAUGGUGAAGAAGGGGAAUCUGAUGGUGUCACUUUUCCCUCGGGAUACGAAACAGAUGAGCCUAUGUCUGCUGAUAGGAUGCCAAUGAAGUCCAAAAGUUUCAACUAUGUUGCUGAUAAGUCUAACUCUGUGGGUGAGGUUGAUGUGAGCAAUGGGAAGAUUUUGGCUAGGACUACUUCCCGGAGGUCACGGAUAUUUGGAUUGUUUGGACGGAGGUCGACAAAGGAGAAUGGUUACCAGGAGGGUGCUGAUGGUGCUGGUGUAAUGAGCUUAGAUUCAUUGGAGCGUGCUGAAAUUGCUGCUGACCUGUUGGAGGUGAAGUGGUCUACCAAUCUUACCUCUAAUAUAUCAAAUAUUAAUGUGUCCAGAUUAUCUUCUAUGAACGAUUCAUUGGAUAAUAAAGGUUCUGAAGAGCAUACACAAAUUAACUGGAAAAAUAACGAUGAAGAAAGUCAAUUUAACUCUUCUGUACAUGAUAAGGAGGAAAAUAACAUCGGUGGCCAGACCUUACUAGAGGAAACUGAAUGCUACAAUGAGCAAAAGGUCAGUUCUCAUUCUGGCCUUGAGAACCUAGAGUAUUCUGUUGAGCAAGCUAGCAUUCGAGUGUCUCGUGUAAGGGCUAAGCAACAAAUUGUUGAAACCUCAUCAUUAGGUGAAGGUUUCACAAAAGAUAAAUGCAAAGUAAUAGCCAAUAUUUCAGGAAGUAUAGAUAAUCUUAGUGUUGGAAUUUCGGAUCACAAUGAGAAUGAGAUGGGUGCUGUCUCAGGGAUGAGUUGUCCUGAUCUGCAAAGUCAACUUAACCUUGAAGCAUCGACGGACAAGAAAUUUGAUGAAGAACUGGUCUGCCACGAAAGUAAUGUUGUUUUACCAGUCUGGGAUUCCAAUAAGGAAGUUGUUCCAGAGAGUCUUCAAUCUUUUGUUUACCCCAAAACGUCAGAAUGCUCAGUAAUAACAUUUGAUGGUUCAGCUGAACAAAGUCUUCAAACAUUGAGCAUUUCUGAUGAAGGAAAUGAGAAAAUACAUGUUCAUGCUGAAACGCUGGUUACAACAACUGAGCUAGUGCCAGAGGUUACAGUUCUUAAGCAAAAGGAGGACAUGGAGUUGGAUUCUGAAGGGAUAUUAACAGUCUCGGAAUCCUGCUCUCAAAUGGUUAGUGUGGACCCUCUAAUUGGUUUGGAAGAAAUGAAGUUACACAGCUUUCAUACCACUUCCACCAUCAGUGAUUCGGUUGAUCAAGCUGAAGAUGAUAAAAAUACCAAGGAAGUCCAAUAUUCUUUGGACUCUGUUGAUGAUUGCUAUCAUGAUCGUGACCCAAAGAGAAGUACUCCACCAUCAGAGAGUUCCGAGGAUGAACAAUUCCUUUUCAGUGAUCUUGGGAUCGAACUUCGUGAGCCAGAUUCUGUAAAUAAAGAUCUUCGUCCUUCAACUUGUACAAAAAUGAAGGACGAUUUAUAUAAUGUUAAUAAUGAGUCAUAUUUAUAUCUGGAUAAUUUUGUUCAGGAGAAUUCAUCCAAUGAUUUGGAAUACUCUGUCGGAAAGCCAAGGAGCAAUCCUAGUAUUUCUAGAAAUCAUAGAUUAGGUGGUGCGAAUGAUGGGUUGCAGGUGGAGUCACUCCCUAAUAUGUGGUCUCCUGGUGUCAACUUUGAUGCUAACAGCCAUCUUCCUGUUGGCCAUUCUCUGGACUCAAAUUCUGAAACCAUGAAGUGGACAUCGAUCAGGAAAGAUGAUUCGAGCCAUAUAAGGUCAGAUGCAGACGAGGAACAACCAUUAGAAGGAAGGUCUAGUAUUGAGGAGAGCGAAACUUCAGGGAAGCCGAAAAAUACUCUUAAUAGUCCUGCUGUCGAGAUAUCUCUUUGCAAACACCUACUAUUUGAAGGGAUGGGGGCUGAAGCUGCUUGUCAAGUAUUUGAUGCUGAAAAACUGGAUAGCAAAAAGUUUAGCUCUUUAGGCCCUGCUGUCGUGAAGAAUGAUAAGCUUGUUGUUCGAGUUGGUGGCUGUUACUUUCCUUGGGAUGAAGCAGCCCCUAUUAUUUUAGGGAUGGUUACAUUCGGAAGUGAAGAAUUAUUUGAAUCCAAAGGCAUGCUACCUGUUGACAGAGUGGAGAAAUCCAUUGAAGGGGAUCCAUCAAAAGACAUAUCCCGUUGUGGCAGCUGGAGGCUUUGGCCUUUUUCUUUGAAACGGUCGAGAUCUAGGAAUGCGGUGCAAUCGGCUCCAGCUGAGACCAGAGGUUUCGAUGCUGAUAAAGCUGCAGACGUUACUGUUGCCAGAAAUGAUAAUAAACAUAUGCUUAAACCCAUUCAGGUGAAGAAGAUGAUUAGGGCAAUCACUCCUACCUCUGAACAGCUGGCUUCAUUAAACAUAAAGGAUGGGAUGAAUCAUAUAACCUUCACAUUUUCGACCCCUAUGCUAGGGAAGCAACAGGUUGAUGCCAGAAUCUAUUUGUGGAAAUGGAACACUCGUGUAGUAAUAUCCGAUGUCGAUGGGACAAUUACAAAAUCAGAUGUUCUUGGCCAGUUCAUGCCUAUGGUCGGGAUAGAUUGGUCACAAACAGGUGUUGCGCAUUUGUUUUCAGCUAUUAAGGAAAAUGGCUAUCAAUUGCUUUUUCUUAGUGCACGUGCAAUAUCCCAGGCAUAUAUUACUAGACAGUUUUUGGUCAAUCUUAAGCAGGAUGGCAAGGCUUUACCAGAUGGGCCAAUUGUAAUUUCCCCUGAUGGCCUUUUUCCAUCCCUAUAUCGAGAAGUUAUCAGAAGAGCUCCUCAUGAGUUUAAGAUCGCUUGUUUAGAGGAGAUUAAGGCGUUGUUUCCAUCUGAUUGCAAUCCAUUCUAUGCUGGUUUUGGUAAUAGAGACACCGAUGAAAUCAGCUAUGUUAAGGUUGGAAUCUCAAGAGGGAAAAUCUUCAUUAUAAACCCGAAGGGUGAGGUUGCUGUGAAUCGUCGUGUUGACACAAAAUCUUAUAGUUCCCUUCAUGCUCUUGUUCAUGGCAUGUUUCCACCAACGAAUUCAUCCGAGCAGGAAGAUUUUAAUUCAUGGAAUUUCUGGAAAUUGCCACCUCCCGUCAUUGACAUAUGAGGUUUUCAACUAGAAUAUGUUGCGUUAGCAUUCGGAUACCGAGAAAAAUGAUUCUGGAGCUAUCCGCGUAUAUUUUGAUGCCGAUGUUGCCCGCACUUCCAUUAAAUGUGCAUAACAAGAUUACACACUUAAAUAUGUAAUCAUGGCUGUUUGAAGUAAUUUCCUGCAUGCUCUUGAAAGUGCAGGGGUGGCCAGCUCUCGAUUGUCCAAUGUAAUUUAUAUGAAAUUUGCGUAGAAUCUUAGGUUUGGCUUCACUGUAGUUGGAUUUGUAGCUGUGUAGUGAAUUCUUGCGACCCUACAAACAGUUUAAACAUGUAAACAUUCAUUGGAGAAAAAGGUAGUUUUAAUUUUUGUUUUUAUA